AUGACUAAGAUGAUGCUGUCGUAUCUUUGUGGAGUGACAUGUAUGUUGCAAGUCGUGAGAGCCACGGUCAAUAUUUCGGACUGUCCGAUCAUUCUGGAGGAUCCCAGCGAGACAAUAGAGCCGAAUACAGUUCUAGAGAAACACGAGUCAGCUUUACUGAUACUCCUAGGGUUUGGCGGGUUCUCCGUCAUUCUCGCCCUGAUCCAUAACGCAAUAAGGAAGCACAUCUUCCGUGAUGAACACAAUUUGGACACGACGUUUGACGCCGGAGGUAAUGUCAGCAUCAGUCUGACGGCCGUUACAGUAGCAGCUCAAACGUUCUGGCCCGCCGAUAUUCUUCAGUGUGCAACAUUGGCAACGAAGCUGGGAGUUUCAGGGACAUUCUGGUAUUCUGUCGGAGUGGUAAUCAAUAUGUUCCUGUUUCCGAUUUUCUCUGUGCAUUUCAAGACACGAGCUCCUGGGGCUAAAACCUACCUUCAGGUUAUUAAUGCUAGAUUUGGUAAGAAGGCACAUUUAGUGUUUUGCUGCUUUGCACUCGUCACCAAUUUGGUGGUCAUAACAGGCUUAUUGCUGGCGGGGAAAACAACAAUGCAAUCAGUGACCGUAAACGUAUCAGAAGAAUACACCUUACUGGUUAUGGCAACCUUGUUUGGAUCCUACUCGUUGAUUGGUGGAAUCGGGACAACAUUUUAUGUGUGUUAUUUCAACUUGUCCUUUACGUUUAUAGUAUUAACUGUUUUCUUUACAACAGUUCUCUGUACUAAUACCAGUGCAUUUCCUAAUUUAGGUGACAUUUCCAAAAUGUAUGAUAUCGUUUCUUGUGUUGAGGGAUCGAGCGACAACAAUUUAAUGUCUUUCCGAUCUGCUGGUGGUAUAGUGUAUGGUAUAGUAGGGUUUAUUCUUGCAUGUUCUUUGACCUACUGUAAUCAAUCAGCGUGGCAAAAUAGAAUCGCUGCCAAACCAAUGCAGGGAGUUUUGGGAUUUAUCUUUGCUGGUCUAAUGUGGAUAGCGAUCCCCUCCACUUUGGGGAAUACCACUGGAUUGGCUUACCUAACUCUAAGUGCCGAAAACAGAACCCAUCUACUGACUGCUGGCCAAAUCGAUCAAGGGCUCGUGUCACCCUUGAUCGCCGAGAAAGUUCUAGGACCAGCCGGAGGGAUCAUGAUCUUGAGUAUGGUUUUUAUGGCACUUAUGUCGACCGGGUCAGGAGAGGUGAUGGCCGUCUCGUCCAUCCUUGUUUACGACAUCUACCAGACCUAUAUCCGUCCCUUCCGGAGAAGCCUGGAACAAGCCCAGUGUGUGCUUUGUGGCAAGGCCUCCAAGCCGGAUACCGACACCAGCACUAACGAAAUUGAUGUUUGUCAGUGCCCAAUCGUCACAAGUUGUAAACAAUGUGUUGAGGAUAUACUUAGAAGAGAAGUCAAUAAAUCGACUGACGGUAGCAUAUCUAUAUAUAAGUGCCCGGUUCAUGGCCCGUACAGGAUGUACCAAGACCACCUCAUCGACUUCAAGAACUGGUGUAUUAUAUGGGUGGCCAUCGCUAUAAUACCCGUCGGACUGAUGAUAUUUUCCAGCGGUAUAGACUUGAAUUGGAUAUUCUUUGUCGGUGCUAUCGUCAUCAUCCCCGCCUUUCCGGCAAUAAUCCUAGCAGUUAUGUGGGAAAAGGAAACAUCAGAAGGCAUAAUUACAGGCAGUAUAUCCGGUUUGCUGGCUGGUAUAGCUGCCACACUGAUAUCAGCGACCAGGUAUGACGGAGGUCUCAGUAACUUUGUUGUGAACACGUCACAGGAAUACCCGAUUCUGGCUGGAAGCUGUUGCAGUUUGGGCGUCGGGUUGAUUGUAUGUAUAGUAGUAUCUGCACUUACGCAUAAAAUAAAAACAAAAGCCGACGCUGAUGCAGAAUGGCAGAAAAUAUACGAUAUCGAUAACCCACUAAAUCCAUGGGAACAGAAUUAUCGAGAGGAACUCAAGGGGCAGCACUACGACAAGAAACCGUCAUUUGAUCAAAUGGCAGCUGCCUUCCGUCGAGAGAAAAAUAUCGCAUACAUAAGCGGGGGCAGCAUCACUGUCUUAUUCACUUUCAUCAUACCUGGCAUCAUGUUGAGCUUCCCCGUCAUUGAUGAAACUCAAUUUAAGAUUUGGAUAGGUUUAACUCAGGCUUGGGCUGUGUUAAUGGGGAUAAUAGCGAUUGUAGCGCCACCUACUGAAGAAUUUUUGAAGAUCCAGAGACAACGUCGCAAAAACAAAGAACAUGAGAUAAAUUUACUCAGAGAGUAUGAGUAUAGCCGGGACUGUGAUCUAUCUACUUAG